AUGUCGACAUCGGUUGAAGGCGGGUGUACGCAAAAUAAAGAAGGAGAAGCAAAGUGGCCUCCGGAGAAUGAGGGUCGGUUAAUAUCGUUGAUGCUGGACCAAGUUAUCUUGGGGAAGUGCGUAUGGAAGAAGUUCAAAACAAGCAAUUGGAUGGAUAUCGAAAAAGCAUUGAACAAUAUGUGUGGUCUCGAACACCAUUACGAGAUAACACAAGUAACGAGUAAGCAUGAUCGGUUGAAAGUGCAGUGGCGUCAGUUCUACAAUAUGCUGCAUAAUACAACCGGGUUCGGUUGGAAUUCUGCAACUGGGAAGAUCACGGGCGGUUACAAAGUUUGGAGCCGGUGGAUUACGGACAAGGACAUGAAGAGGCGGGUGUGCGUGCACUACCAUGAGUUGACCACAAUUUUUAACAGGACCACUGCAACUGGUAGCGGUGCAAGGGCAUCUACACAAACACCGGUAGGAACAGACAUGCGACGUAGAACCAACACGGCAGUGACGCCCAACUACUUGUUUCCCGAGGAGUUAAGUGAUGAGCCAAUGAACACCUCGGACAGUGACAGGUGCACUCGUCACCGUAAAGGGACCACUUCCACAUUCAACAAUGCCAUGAAUUCUAUUACUGAAGCAAGCCGCAUAAUCCAGCAAAACGCGCGUCCAGAAGCUGAUCAAAAGAGCCUCCAACAUGCUUUAAGGGAGCUGGAGUCCUUGGCUGGUGUUCCUAUGCCGGUUCGAAAGGUAGCUUGGAGGAAGUUUCGUGACCCGUGGAGCCUGUACACAUUUCUUGGACUAGAAAUGGAAGAAAACCGGCGUGCACUUCUAGAUAUGUGGAUGGAAGAGGAUGGCAAUUAG